CAGAGCCGCCGCGCCAGGCACCCGCUGGCCAUGAGCGCCCAUCCCGUCCAGGGGCUGCCCCUGCUGCCGGGCAGCGCCUUCAGCGACCCCACGAAAUCGGCUUUCCAUCGCUCCCAGACACUGGGCUAUAGGAAUGGCUUUGCCUAUUCACGGCUACCAACAGUGGGGAUAGGCAGGGAGCGACUCUAUGUGAACCAGCUCUCCCAGGCUGAAUUAGAUGAACUGUCCAACAAGAGACCCACGCUGACCUACGGGCAAGCCAAGCAGGCCCCACCUUCUGACUUCAUUCCAGCACACGUGGCUUUUGACAAAAAGGUGUUGAAGUUUGAUGCCUAUUUCCAGGAAGAUGUUCCUAUAUCCACAGAAGAGCAUUUCCGGAUCCGCCAAGUGGGUAUUUAUUACUACUUGGAGGAUGACAGCAUGUCUGUCAUGGAGCCCAUCGUGGAGAACUCGGGUAUUCCUCAGGGCAAGCUCAUCAAACGCCAGCGGAUUCCCAAGAAUGACCGCGGGGACCAUUACCACUGGAAAGACCUGAAUCGGGGCAUGAACAUCACCAUCUAUGGAAAGACUUUCCGCAUAGUCGACUGUGACCCGUUCACACAGGUAUUUCUGGAGAGCCAAGGAAUUGAACUGAACCCUCCUGAGAAAAUGAUUUUCGACCCAUACACGGAGCUCCGAAAGAUGCCCAUGCGCAUGUACGUCACACCGUCAAGCUUCGACCAGCUCAAACAGUUUCUGACCUUUGACAGGCAGGUCCUUCGCUUCUAUGCCAUGUGGGAUGACACCGAGAACAUGUUUGGCGAGAACCGGCCUUUCCUCAUCCAUUAUUACCUGGCUGACGACACGGUGGAGGUUCGAGAACUCCACGAACGCAACGAUGGCAGAGACCCUUUCCCGGUGCUGAUCAGACGCCAGCGCUUGCCCAAAAGCUUUGUGGACAAGAUGAAAACCUUCCCCCGCUGCGUGCUGGAGAUCUCCAAUCAGGAGGUGCUGGAGUGGUACACGGUCAAAGAUUUUGCAGUUGGCAAGCCCAUCACCCUCCUGGGUCGCAGCUUCUUCAUCUAUGAUUGUGAUGAGUUCACAAGACAGUUCUAUCACGAGAAGUUUGGCAUCACUGACUUCCAGCCGGUGGAUGUAAAGAAGAAGGCACCAGAGGAAGUGCCACAGAUCAUUCCUCCCUACAAUGGUUAUGGCUUCCUGGAAGACUCCCUGCAGAACUGCUUCUCUCUACUGCCGCAGCCCCCCCGGAAGAACUUUAUUAAGAUGCUAGAGAAUGACCACAAGGUGCUGCGCUAUCAGGUUGCACUGGAAUCGCCAAACCCCGAGGAGAGAAAGCGCCGGUUCAUCCUCUCCUAUUUCCUCUCCACUGACAUGAUCAGCAUCUAUGAGCCACCUGUCCGCAAUUCAGGCAUCAUUGGAGGCAAAUACUUAGGAAAGACCAAAGUCCCCAAGCCAGGCUCCACUACAGAUAACCCCGUUUACUACGAGCCAGCAGACCUCACCAUCGGUGCCACGGUUGAAGUCUUUGGCCACAGGUUUAUCAUCAGCGAUGCUGACGAGUACGUCUUGAAUUACAUGGAAAGCAAUGCCGAGAGUUUCCCUGCAACAACGCUGCAGUCUCUGCGAGAUCACUUUGCCUCUCGCCGAACGGCAGAGCAGGCAGCUGAGAGCCAGUCAGCAGCGGGAACAGGCAGGCAGGAACUGGAGGAGCUAGUGAAGCAGGUUCAGGAGCAGCUGAAGCACCAUAACUACUUGAGUAACAGCAGCAUGCGGGAAGCGUUCCUUCACCAUGACAAGGAUGGCUCCGGAUUCCUCGACAAAGCCGAGUUCUUUGCCCUCUGCAACCGCUUCAACCUGCCGGUCAGCGACGCCCUGGUUAACAAGCUAAUCAGCCUGUGUUCGCAUGGGGAGAACCAGAUCAGUUACCAUGACUUCAUCAGAGCAUUCUCCUGCUGAGCUGCCCCCGGAAGGGGAGAGACAACCUAGCCAAGACUGUCCCAGCUGAAAUGACACAUCUUCAAAGGUUGUACCUCUAGACUCCCCCCCUCGUUUCAUUGAGUGCUGCUCAGCCCUUCGGCACCAGGUCACCUCAUCUCUUCCCCACUUACCUUCCUGCCUCUCUGAGCUCAAUGUCCAAAAUGCAGGGCCUGCUAGCAGAGCCUGUAGAAAAGGCUUCAUUUGUAGUAAAGAAAUGACUCCACAUUGUUCCAGGUUGUCUCUUCCUAGGCUCUGAGGGGAGACAGGGUGGACUGGAUGGAUUGAGAGCUCCAGGCCUUUCAUACAGUCUGCCCGAGGAGGACUAAAUCUCCUGAGAAGCAAAAAGCAACUGGGUACCAUUUCAAUUUAUGAUGUUGUGGCAGAAGGGGCCUAAAGGCACCAGCCAUGGAGCAGGACCCCAUUGUGCAAGGUGCUAUGGUAUCCGAACCCCAGCAGCCAUGUCUGCUGCGAAAUGGCAGAUACCUCUGUCUGCUGUAAAUCCACCCACCAAGUAGCCUGAAUAGCUGAGGAUUACAGCAAAAGAUCAAAUAAAUAGCUUUCUGCUGGCUUAAAACAGAACUCAAUGCUGCACUCUUGUGUGGUUCGUGACAGCAAUUCCUGUAGAGGCAGGCCCCUGGCAACAGCCCUGCUGGGCUAGAUUCUGCAGGAGAGGCUUCCCACCAUACCCGAAGUAAUGGGAGAAAGGAGGGAUUUUAACACAUGGGGGAACUGAGAUUCAGAGCAGAUUAAAUGAUGUGCCCCAGGUUAUGGAGAAUGGAUUUAGAUACAUAUUCUCCCCCCCCCCGGAUGUUCCCUCACUUUAUUUGCCCUACUAGAAAUGCUGGUUCCAUGCGGAAGCGAUGCUGUUUCCCUACAGUGAAGAGAGAGACAUGGUCAGGGUGAGUUUAUAGCACUCUCACCCUGUUUAAAAAGUCUGGUCGCUCCCCCUUACAUGAAGAAAGCUGCCACAGACCCACCCGCCCCCAUUGUGCCCUAGGUCAGCCAGCCAACUGCGCCAGUGAGGAGCAACUAGGAUAGAGAUGGUGCAGGUCUCCACCAUUAGGCACCUCUUCUGAGCAAAAUGCUUAUUUUAUCCAUCCCUUUUCAGGGUGGGGGUUCCCAUUUCCUCUCAGAUACUUGAGAAUUCCAACACACAACCACACACGGGACUCAGCUGCACACCAGCUCCCACCCUCUAGGUUAGGCUCUCACCUUCUGGGGCUAUCCGUGUCGUUCUUUAUUCGGAACAUCAAUAAGGCCACCACUGGGCCAUCUCUGCUUCCUCCUCAGCUUCCAGAACCUGCUUCCAGCCCUCACCAGUAGGUCCAGAGCUGCAGCCCGAUCCCCAGCCUGUUGUAAUCACUGAGAGUCUUUCCAUGGACAUGUGGCCCUUAGCACAGGCCACUGGUGCAUGAAGCCAUAGAAUCACCCUUCAGAAUCCACUUGCUUUCUCAGCAUAUUGGGCAGGAAUCACUUCCCAUAUACAAUGCCUGCACCCAAACCACAGAACAGGUCCUAGCCAUGGGAAGAGCCAGCCACCAGAAGAUGUGUUGUCUAUGACAAAGACAGAAGGUCAAACACCAAAUAGAGCAGAUGGCGCUUUUCUCUGCCAUACCUGGUGGGUCUAUCCCAUCAUGCUUUGGGAAUACUAGAAUCGCUAGUCAUAGCAAUCAGGUAUUUGCAAAUUGAGGAAAAACACACACAGCAGUGUUAAGCACCAGUUGAUGAUUCUAUGCCUUUUAUUAUUUCAGAAAAUAUCUUUGUUGAGAGUUUGCUCACAAAAGCCAUUUAACAAAAAAAAAAAAUCCGUACAAAAUUGUUUUUUAUUUUUUAAACGAAACAGAAAGAAUAAAAAUGUGUG